AUGUCUUUAUUUGGAAUCAACAAUAUCACCAGAGGCAAUAACAAUCAAUCAUACAAAGACAAGCCGGUUUCGAAAUCACUCCCACUAUAUUACAAAGAUAAAUCACCAUUCCAUCCAAAACAGCCACACAAUAAAGGAAGAAGGAAAGUUAUCAUGCUAUUAAAAGGGUUCAUCUACUCACUUGGCUUGUACUUUGUCUACUAUCUAGCCAGAAAUUAUUUAUUUCAAUCAUCGGAUUCUCUGCUGUUGUUUCUGGCGCUCAAUUCUGGUACUCCAUCAUGGAAAACUGCACAGCAAGAAGUUCGGCAAACAAUGUUGGAUUCCUGGCACUCAUAUGAAAAGUAUGCUUGGGGGUACGAUGUCUACCACCCAAUUAGGCAGCAAGGAGAGAAUAUGGGCCAGCAACCAUUAGGCUGGAUGAUUGUUGAUUCGAUAGAUACUUUGAUGAUUAUGGAUUGUAAAGAUGAGGUUGAUCGAGCUAGGAAAUGGAUUAAAGAUGACUUGGACUACAAAUUUGAUUACGAGGUGAACAAUUUUGAAACUACCAUAAGGAUGUUGGGAGGGUUGUUAUCAGCAUUCCAUUUGAGUGGCAAUGAUGAUGUUUACCUUGAUAAAGCAGUUGGUUUGGCUAAUUCCUUGCACGGUGCGUAUGAUAGUCCCUCUGGAAUCCCGUAUUCGUCGGUGAACUUGAAAUCAGGUGCUGGUAUCAAAAACCAUAUGGAUUCGGGUGCUUCUUCGACUGCUGAGGCUGCUACAGUGCAGUUGGAAUUGAAGUACUUGGCAAAAUUAACCGGUGAAGUAGACUGGUGGGAAAAGGCAGAAAAAGUCAUGCAAGCUCUUGAAGCGAACAAACCCCAAGAUGGGUUAGUUCCUAUUUAUGUUAAUCCAGAUACCGGAAAGUACCAAGGCAAUUUGAUAAGAUUAGGUAGUAGGGGAGAUUCAUACUAUGAGUAUCUUUUGAAACAAUAUCUACAAACUAGUGAGGAAGAACCGAUAUAUUACGAGAUGUAUCGUGAAUCAGUCGAAGGGGUAAAGAAAAACCUCGUUAGAAAGUCUUUUCCAAAUGAAUUGACUUUUAUCGGUGAAUUAGAGAGGGGAAUUGGUGGUCCAUUUUCACCCAAAAUGGAUCAUUUGGUAUGCUUUUAUGGUGGGUUAUUAGCAGUGGGUUCAACGAAUGGUUUGUCAUUGGAUGAAGCUAAGCAGCAAAAAUGGUGGAAUGAAGAAAGGGCCCUGGAUUUCAGAUUUGGAGAAGAAUUGACCUAUACUUGUUACAAGAUGUAUCAUGAUGUUAUGCCCACAGGAUUAUCGCCUGAAAUUGUUGUUUUCAAUGAAGAUACUACAAAAGAGCACGAUUUCAGAAUAAAACCAAUGGAUAGACAUAAUUUGCAAAGACCGGAAACUGUUGAAUCGCUAUUUUACCUUUAUAGAUUAACUGGUGAUGUAAAGUAUCGUCAAUGGGGUUAUGAGAUUUUCCAAAAUUUUAUCAAGUACACUAAAGUCGUGAAUGAGCAUGGUGAGAUUAGUUUCAGCUCAUUAAGUGAUGUCACUAGCUUAAAACAAGAUGGCUCACCAAAGUUCAAGGACAACACUGAAAGUUUUUGGUUUGCAGAAACCUUGAAAUAUUUGUACUUGCUUUUUGAUGAUGAGAAUAAAAUCCCCUUGACGGAGUACGUUUUCAACACCGAAGCCCACCCUUUCCCCAAAUUCAACACCAAUGAGCAUUUGAAAACUGGUUGGAGAAGACAAGUUGAUGAAUCGGUGAAACCACAAAUGAGAGAGAAUCAAGUUAAUGGUAAACCUAAAAUACCACAAGCACAACCAGUUGAUGACUCUAUUGAAAAGGAAGUUGAAAGUGCAUUAAAGGAGAAUCCAGAUUUAGCUAAAGAAGGGAAAGAUGAAAAUAAGAAGAAGUUGAAUAAGUUUGUUAAAGAAAUGCAUUAA